CGCGCCGCCCCAAGGCUCCGCCCACAUUGCAUCUCCUGCAGGCGCAACUCACGCAUCAGUAAUUAGCAGCGCGAGGUUGCGAGGAAGUCCCGUUGCAUCGAGUGGCAGGCAGGUGCCACUGUCACGUGCCCCCCGCUACCUCCACUUGGCCCUGGUACCAACCAACUUGUGCCCCAUCUGACAUUGUUUCCCCCACCAAGGAGCACUCCUCUUGUACCUGAGGUAGGAGGCCAGAGCGCGGUGUUGGGAUGCUGGUGCCGGCGGACAUGCAGGGUGCCCAGUCACGCAUGCUGUACCAGGUAAACAAAUACUCGACGGAGCGAGUGGCCGCCCGCCGGGCAGCUGUUGCAAAGACUCUGCGGGAAGUUGUCAAGGUCGUGCAAGAUGUUCUGAAGGAAGUUGAGGUACAGGAGCCGCGGGUGAUCUCCUCUCUGGCAGAGGUCAAUGGCCGCUUCGAGGGACUCAACGUCGUUUCGCCCACCGAGUUUGAGGCGAUAUUGUACCUCAAUCAAAUGGGAGAAUUUAAUUUCGUUGACGACGGAAGUAUUCCCGGCAGCGCGGUACUCAAGCUUAGCGACGGCCGGAAACGUUCCAUGUCACUGUGGGUGGAAUUCAUCACGGCGUCUGGCUACCUGUCCGCUCGCAAGAUGCGGUCUAGACUGCACACGCUGGUGGCACAGUCUAUCGACAAGUGCACCUAUCGGGACUCCGUCAGGAUGGUGGGGGACACGAGCGAGGUGAGGUUACGUGUGCGGGACCGCUAUGUGGUACAGAUCACGCCAGCCUUCAAGUGCUCGGGCGUGUGGCCGCGCUCCGCCGCACACUGGCCGUCCCCGCACGUGCCCUGGCCGCCCCCCAGCCUCGUCGCCGAGGUCAAGACCGAAGGCUUCGACCUCCUGAGUAAGGAGAGCAGCAGCAUAGCAGGCAAGAACGGUGGCGGCCUGGAGGGUGACGCCUGGGUGUUAUCCUUCAACGACGCAGAGAACCGCCUCCUGUACGGCGCCUCCCGCAAGCGGUGCCUGGCCAUCCUAAAGACGCUACGGGACCGCCACCUGGACCUGCCAGGGGAACCCGUGCCGGCCUACGCUGUGAAGACGUUGAUGUUAUACGAGUGUGAGAAACACCCGCGGGAGGCGGAGUGGGACGAGGGGGCGCUGGGGGACCGCCUGGUGGGCAUAUUCCUGCAGCUCAUCACGUGCCUCCAGUGCCGUCGCUGUCCUCACUACUUCCUGCCCAAUAUCAACCUCCUGCGGGGGGCGUCACCUCCCGCCCUUGAGUCGGCGGCCAAGCAGGCGUGGAGACUAACCCGGGAACUUCUCACAAACUCCAAGAGCCUCGAGAAGCUGUGAGGCCGCCCACCCACUCUACCUGCCUUGCCGUACACCCACCCACCCUCCCGCAGAUACUUAUCGGCCAGGUGGGCAGAGGAAACAACAACAGGUAGCAGCAGCAGUGUAAAUAGUGUACAUAAAGUGUGUGCCAAACCUUAGUGCUCAUACUCCUCCCACACGUGUGAGACUUACCUCUAUACCAGUGGCUUCUAGUUCGCGACAAGAUACAUUCAAUUAUAUAUAUUAUUAUUAUUAUUUAUAUGCGCCUGUGCUCCGCCGCGGUGCUCAGUUUAUUACAGCUGUGAUAAGUUCCUCGUGUAGUAAAUAUGUAAAUAAGUUGUCUGGUCAUCCUCGACGCUUUCCUCCCCUUAUUGUAGACAUGACAAGUGUUGAGUGUGUGUUGUGUGGGCAGGAGGCGGAGUGGUGGUAACUGAGGGGCGCUGUAGUGUGUUAACUAAGGUGCUGUAUAACAAGAUUAAUAAGGCGCUGUAGUGUGUUGUUAACUAAAGCGCUCUAGUGUUAACUGAAGAUGCUGCAGAACAUGAUAACUGAGGUGCUGUAGUGUGUUAACUGAGGCGCUGUAGUGUGUUAACUGAGGCACUGUAGUGUUAACUGAGGCGCUGUAGUGUUAACUGAGGCGCUGUAGUGUGUUAACUGGGGCGCUGUAGUGUGUUAACUGAGGUGUUGUAGUGUGUUAACUGAUGCUAUAGGGGAGAAAGCGGGAGGAGUGGGAGACAGAGACACGCCCACUCAGCACUACACAGGACUUCAGCACACGUGAACAAUAGUACCAGAGUGUAAGUAGGCUCCCUUUCCCAUGCACCACUCCCCAGGGGGCUGACUCUCCCACAGGCUCCCAGGGGGGUGAUUAGUACCUCUCCCAUACACUUAACUCACCCACAUCCCUCAUCCCCAGCAUCCCACGAGCCAGUCCCGCCCACAGUAGUAUACGGCCUCGAGUCCCAUAAAGUCCCACGUCCUCCCAUACAGUCCCAAAUCUUCUCUCACAGUCUCUCCCUAAGGCUGGCUAAACCACCACCUCUCCCUAGGUAACACACACACAUGCACCCUUCCGCCUCCGAUAAUGCCCCAUAUCUUCAUUACCUGUGUGUGUAUAUGUAUGUGUGUGUGUAUGUGUGUGUGCCUGAGAGAGUAGCUCCACACCUGUUUAGUCAUCCCUAAGAGAAAUAAGAAAUUAUUUCCUAGUGAUUUAGAAAAUGUAAAAGUGUUAUUAUGUUACUAGUGUAAAUGUAAGUGUUACCUCCUGUCGGCCUCGGUGCCACUUGACGGCUGAAUGGUCAAGUGGUAGGUCGAGGUGAGGAGGAAGGAGGAGCUCCGAGUGCUGUGUACUUAAUCAAAGUGUUUCUGUUGGGUGUCGGCGCCAUAAAGCCUUCACACACACACACCCCCUCACUCACCUCCCCCUAAAAAGAGUCACCCAUUCCCUUAUUUAUUGACUUGUAAAACAAACCCUGUAGAAUCUUUUUUUGUCAAAUACAAGCUGAGCUAGAAA